AUGGUUAGGGAAUUUUUAGAUGUUUUUCUCGAGGAGCUGCCAGGGUUGCCACCCAGCAGGGAAGUAGAAUUUGGAAUCGAGUUGUUACCUGGGACGGCACUGGUGUCUAUCGCUCCUUAUUGGAUGGCACCAAAGGAGUUGGUGGAACUUAAGGCACAAAUUCAGGAAUUGUUGGAUCGAGGGUUCAUACGACCAAGUGUGUCCCCAUGGGGAGCACCGGUGUUAUUCGUGAAGAAGAAGGAUGAAACCUUACGAAUAGGAGCUUCUGUUUUCUCGAAGAUUGAUCUGCGUUCGGGAUAUCACCAAUUGAGAGUGAAGGAGGCAGAUGUUCAUAAGAUGGCUUUCAUAACUCGUUAUGGGCACUACGAAUACUUAGUGAUACCAUUCAGGCUAACGAACGCACCUGCCGCUUUCAUGGAUCUUAUGAAUCGGAUAAAGAGUAAGCAAUUAGUGGAUGAGACUUUGAGUGCUCAUUUUAAACAAGUGGAUGGGGAGACAUCGAUUUUUGGGAUAAAUAGUGAAAAAGUAUUGUGUUUCCAUAGGAGAAUGUGUAUACCAAAGGACGAUGAUCUAAGGCAGUCUAUUCUACGGGAAGCACAUAGCAGUCUCUACGCAAUGCAUCUUGGCGGAAACAAUAUGUAUCGGAAAUUGUGUGAGCUUUAUUGGUGGCCUGGACUUAAGCGCGAGGUUAUGGAGUUCGUAGUGGAUCGGUUAACCAAGUUUUCCCAUUUUGUACCGGUUUACACCGAUUCCUCGUUGCAAAAGCUGGCUAGGCUGUAUGUGGCGGAGAUUGCAAGAUUGCUUGGAGUGCCAGAUGCCUCAGAUAGGCAGAAGUCGUAUGCUGACCUUAAGCGUCGAGAGAUAGAGUAUGCAGUGGGAGACUUAGUUUUUCUCAUGGUCUCUCUGUGGAAGAAGGUUUUGAGGUUUGGACGAAAGGGUAAGCUAAGCCUAAGGUUCAUUAGACCAUAUCAGGUUGUAAAGCGGGUUGGGCCAGUCGCUUAUCAGCUGGAAUUACCUUCUGAACUAAGCCAGAUCCACGACGUGCUCCAUGUUUCUAUGCUGAGACGGUAUUGCUCGGAUCCUUCCCAUAUCGUGGCAAUUGAAGAAAUCGAGGCAUCUGCGAGACAGCUUCAACAAAAGGUUUUACCUCCUCAUCCUCUUUCCUAUCAGCUUCUUGUGGCAGCUUCUUUUCAGAUUUAG